UUUUGUCGUUUACUUGUACCACUGAACCUGGGCUUCCGUGUUACAAACUUGCGCCAUUAGGCUUGAGACGCUGACCAGUCCCUUUUGUUCUUGAAAAUUCCGUCAUCGAGAGAAAGCAAAUGGCGCCGCCUUCAGGGAAAAAGAAAAAGGACUCGAGUAGCACCAAACCCACACAUAUCUCCCGCGCUCAUGUCAACAACAGCAUUGCACAGAAACGUCCCGAACCCGCGGCUCUUCCGGUAGAGCUACAUCAAAUGAUUUUGGACGUGUUUCGUCGGGCGUUUUUUCCUCCCCACGACCAACAACAAGUGGAGGAUGUCAAGACGGUGAUUCAAGAGGUCAAAGGCCACCUCUACCAACGGGAUUUUGUGAGCGCCUUCGCCAAGCAAGAAUAUCUAGAUGCUUAUGCACUGAGGUGGAGUGCUGCCCGCUCACUCGGAUAUACAGACAUUCUCUUACAUCGCGACUUGCAGCCGGUGUGGGUUAUUACUACUACUCCUAGCGGAACUGAUCCGUCUACUACUACUGCUGCUGCUACUACUACUGCAACUCCGCGUAGAGACACCGAAGGCGGCGCUACGAAAGUCGCUUGCAUUGGAGGUGGCGGAGGGGCGGAAGUGGCUGCAUGUGCUGCGGCUAUAGCGCAUUAUUCCAGACAAUCCCUCUCGAGUGGUCUGGAAGUACAUGCCAUCGACGUUGCAGACUGGUCUGGAUGUCUUGACAAGCUAGCAAACAACUUGUGCACUCCUCCACCUCCACUCUCACUCUCGACCUAUCCGAGCGAGGGCGCAAAGGUGGCCGCCAAUGAUAGGCCCUCCUCCUCCUUGGUCACGAGUGAUUUGUUCUCCCACCGCUUUUCUCAAUGCGACAUCCUCGCCGUCGAGGAAGGGAAGCUACGUGAGAUGCUUGGAUCUGUUCGCCUAUGCACCAUCAUGUUCACACUCAACGAGUUCUUUUCGACCUCGAUAUCACGGACGACCGCAUUCUUGCUGGCGCUUGGCGACAUCAUGCAGCCCGGCUCGUGGUUCCUCGUCGUCGACAGUCCAGGGUCUUACUCCGAGGUCAAAUUGGGCCAGGGUCAGGGUCAGACCAAGAAGUACCCAAUGAAAUGGCUUCUCGAUCACGCCUUACAGGACGUCGCACAGGGUAAGUGGAAAAAACGAGUCUCGGAUGAUUCACGUUGGUUCAGAUUGAAUUCUUCCUUGAAAUACCCCUUGGAGUUGGAGAACAUGAGGUAUCAAAUCCAUCUCUACCAGAGGACAUGAUGGGAAAGAAUAUGAAAAGGCAGAAACCUGAUCGGAUUUGUCUUGUCAUGUUAUUGAACCUUUUCUUUAUUUUUUGGUCUGGACUAGAUAAGGUAGUAGUGCAAUGUCACGCCAAUCAAG